CUACACACAAAGGCCUCAUAUCUAGACUCAGCGAUAGCAAAAGUUAUACAGUUUUAUCAUCUCAAAAGCUACUAAUUUGCACUAUGGGAAAAAAGAAGGCUCAGAGCGGGCCUAAACCGGGGUCUGGACAAGGCGGUAAGAAGAAGAAGAAGGUGGUAGGAGGGGUCGACAGAGGGUUUGCUACAGCCUCGGUAGCAUCCACGGUGAAAGAAUCUACUGCGGUCGAAGAAACACCCACCGUUGUACCUGAUAUCGAUACUAGCAAGUAUACGAAUAAGAAGAAAAGGAAUGAGAAGCCCGACGAUACGCCAGAAGAAAGUUCUAUACUCGAGGAGGAUGCCGAGCUGACCUAUUCGCGGUCGUGGGUCCCCGAUACGAGAGUCCCCGAGGAUGUAAUGACCACACUCCCGCCAACAAGCUCAUAUACAGCCACAGAUGAUACGGGCAAACGCAAGACUAUCACGUACACACUCUCACAGCCGGCUACACCUCUGAGUAUUACUCAGGCCCAGGAAGCGCGUAUCGUCGAGCUCAUGAAAAUGGAAAGCGGGAUGGAUAGCGGGGUAGUAUCAGGUGGGAGUACGGGAAAGUUAGGUAAUAGCGGUGAGGUAGGUUAUGACUUCCUGCGCUCGCUGCAUGAUUUCUUGAAUGAUAAGGUACAGAUGAGUACUUUGUGGAUGGACAGGGCUAUAGCAUACGCGUACAAGACACAGACAAGUGAUGUGCGUGCCAUCAUAGAUUAUGUGUAUCUGACGCACGCAGAAGAAGGGGACAAUACUGAGGACAUUCACGUUUCUAUAUCAGACGAGGGCUCGGCUGCUGAUCGGGGGAAUACUGGCAACAU